AUGUCGUCGUCUUCCGUGAAACCGUUUGCUCAGUUACAAUUCCCUCUUGCGGAGAUAGUAGUGGCCACCAACAACUUUGCUGAUGAAAAUUUUAUCGAACGCCAUGCGUUCGGUAAUGCUUACAAAGGACGACUCUUGGUUGGUGGUGAGUUGGUUACUAUCACUGCACGGAGGUUAGAUCGUACAUUUGGGCAGAGAGAAGUUCAGUUCUGGAAGGAAGUUACGCUGCUGUCUAGUCUCAAACAUGAAAAUAUUGUAUCGAAUAUUGGGUAUUGUGAGGAGGAAGGUGAGUACAUCGUCAUAAACAAGCAUGACUUGCACGGAAGUCUAGCAGAACGUGUCCGUGACAAGACCAAUAUCACAUGGACUCAAAGAUUAAAAAUAAGUGUCGGUAUUGCGUGUGCUUUGAGUUACAUUCAUUACGAUGAGAAACACGAUUUUAGCAUCAUACAUAUGGACAUCAAAAGCGGUAUAAUUUUCUUAGAUGAAAACUGGGUGCCUAAGUUAUCCAGUUUUGAAAGAUCCGUGAAUGUUUCAGUAGCCGAAAGGCAUCGUGCUCAUUCUUCUGGACAGCGUCGGUGGGGUACACCAGGGUAUGUGGAUCCACUAGGCCUAAAGACUGGAAUGGUGAGCCAUACAUCUGAUGUGUACAGCUUGGGCGUAGUUUUAUUUGAAAUCCUGUGCGGGAGGGUAGCCAGUGAUCCCACGGGAUUGGAACCUUUUCGUACGAAGGCCAAGUCCCAUUAUGAAAAUAGAAAAUUAAAUGAUUUGAUUGAUCCAGAUCUUCGAGCACAAAUGGACCAACAAUCCUUCGAUUACUUCUCCGAAAUAGCAUAUCAUUGCUUGAAUGAAGACCCAUUGCAACGACCAAAUGCACAUGGGAUUGUCAGAAUACUUAACAAAGCUUUGGAACUUCAACAGGAACAUGAAAAGCCGCCGUUGAUAUCAAAAGUACCCUCAAUUGCUGUCGUUGAAGUUGAAGAUCCAUCAUAUAGGAGCUUAGAGGUAAUUGAUUUACAUGUUUUGUCUUUGUUAUAUAUGUCAUGA